AUGGAUACAUUUCGGUUUAUUUUUUAUUUGAUUCCAAUUGUCCACUCAAUAAGCCUUGAUUUCUCCAAUCCAUUGCAACGUUUUAUCUAUGAUAACUCAACAGACACAAUCGUUCUAGCUUCUGUAAAUCAUCUUUAUUCGUUGAAUGCAAGCGAUUUAACAAUUCUAGCGGAUAUUGACCUCUCACCAACAAAACGUGAUCAUCAAUGUUUAGUACCGAAUCGAACAAUCGCAUCAAAAAGUCAUUAUUAUUUUUCGACAUCAUCAUAUCUGAAUCAUUCAUCGAAUGAUACAUUCAAUCAAUUGCUUUUAUUAACAAAUAAUUCGAUAUUAUCAUGUUCAACAACGAAUCGCGGUGGAUCGUGUGAGCUGCGUUCAUUAAUCAAUCUUAACUUUCUUCGAAACUCUUCUCAACGAGUAGUUUCGUCUUCGCCUUUCUACCCAUCAGUUGGUUUAGCCGAUGAAAACAGCAAAAUUCUCUACGUUGCGAAUACAUACGAUUCACAAUGUGAUUCGUUCUAUGAAAUACCGACAAUCAGUGGUCGAACAUUAGCUCCCAAGGACUUCCUCUCCAUUAUUCAGUUUCAGUCGGGUCAAUCAGCAUUGCAACAAUCCACCUCGACCUUACGUUUGUUGAAUAUUCGUUUAGUUAAAGAUUUCUUUCUUCAUUAUUUAUAUUCUUUUCAAUACAAGACAUUUUCAUAUUUUUUAACAAUUCAACAAUCCGAUAUUCAUCAUAAACACAAACUUCAAACGAAAAUUCUUCGCUUUUGUCAAAAAUCCAAUCAAUCGAUCAUUAAAAGUUAUAUCGAACUUCCUUUAACUUGUGGACAGCAUUAUCCGUAUCUCAUCACUGCAAAAUUUUCUCAAGAAAAGAACGUUCUGUACGGACUAUUCCGGAAUACACCGUUAGCGAAUUCGACUAGUACAUCGCAUGCUGUGUGCGCCUAUUCGAUCGAUUCGAUUCAAGAAGCUUUCUUCCAAGCGAUAAAACGUUGUCUCGUGGAUGGUAACGGCCAUCGUGGAUUAGGUUUUAUCAGUCCGGACGCACAUUGUGUAUCGAGUAAAACUAUUAUCGAAAUCAAUCAUGAUUAUUGUCCGGAUGAGAAUGAAGGGUUUUUUCAAUAUCCUAUCGGUGGACAUCGAGCAUUAGGCCAGACGCAAGUGAUUGUUGAGUUGAAGGACAAGGUGAAUUUUACAUCAUUUGAGAUUGGAUCAAUCGAAAAUGAGUUGAUAAUUUUUCUUGGCGAUGAUAAUGGAACUUUACAUACGUUUCAUGCCUCCAAUAUAAACGAAAUAGUGAAACAACAUUUUUCAUCGAAAAUCAUUGUAGAUUUACAGUUGAUUCCUCAAAAGUCUAAUUUGAUUAUUUUAACCGACAAUCAAAUAAUCAAACAGAAUUUAAGUACGUGUGAACAGUACACAACAUGUAAUGAAUGUUCAGCUGCGACACUUUGUCAUUGGUGUUCGACUGAAAACAGGUGUGCAGCUGUUUUUGAAUGUACGCAUGAAAAGAGGAAUGGCAAUCAUAUGAAUAUGUGUACAAAUAUCGAACAAGUCAUUCCAAACCAAAUUUUACUUGACACAACGGGUACUGAGCUGCAAAUCAUCACUAAUCUUCCAUUUCGAAACAACAUCGAUGAAUAUAUGUGUCAAUUCACUACCAGUAAUCGAGAUGAUUUGUACUAUACAAAACUUAGCUACUAUAAUGACUUUGUUAAAUGUAAAACACCUUUAUUGAAGAAUUCAACUCAAGCUGUCUACAAAGUUAUUUUAUCAAUAUACCAUACAAAUACGAGCCUUACAUUUGGAUAUUACGAUUUAACUUUUAUAACUUGUUCGAAUUUUCUCUCCUGUUCAUCUUGCACUGCGUAUCCGAGUUUGUGCUCAUGGAAUCGACAGGAUACCGAAUGUAUUUCUCGACAAAAAAAUGAUAUUUCUCCGACAAAUCAUCAGCAAUGCCCGCAGAUAUACUUAUCUCAUCCUAUCGAUCGUGUUGCUUAUUUUGUUGAUAAAAUACUUACUGUCCGUAUUGAACAAUGUAACCAGUCGUUUAGUGUUGAAUCUUGUUUGUUAUCCGAUCGUCGGCAACGAUUUUUAUUAACUGACUCGAAUCCGAUAUUAACUCGACCGGAAAAUGAAAGCGAUCUUUGUCUAUUAAAAUGUUCAUUUCGUUGGUCAAAUUAUGAAGAUUCUCAUCGAAUAUCAUUCAACCGACCGUUCAAACUGGACCUUGCCAUUCGGUUUUCCAAUGAAAUUUCCAUUGUUAUUCCACACACACAGAUUUCUCUGUAUCGCUGUGAACGUCUAGCAUCGAAUUGCAUAUCAUGUUUACGUCUUGACCCAUCGUUUGGUUGUAUUUGGUGUCAUAAUCAAUGCAUGUACAAAAAUGAAUCAAUGAAGUGCACGUCGAAUCAACAUUGUUCAACACCGAGAAUUCAAACUAUUGAGCCAUUGUUUUUGCCAAUGAAGGGUGGAACGUUGGUUGGUAUUCAAGGCGAAUAUUUCGAUCUAUUUAAUGUAUCAGUGAGAAUAGCUGGAAUUGCAUGCCAAAUGAUUCUAGAAGAAAGUUCUAGUAAAAAAAUUGUAUGUAAGUCGGGUGAUAGUCAAUCCACACCCUUUUCUCAAGGACCUGUUCAUUUAAAAUUUGGCUCUUACGGACCAGAGAUUACUUCUCAGCAGGUCAUUUCUUACAUAAAUCCAACAAUCCAAUCGAUCCAACCUCUUGUUGGUAUACAAAAUGGUGGGACAGUUUUGACUAUCCUUGGUAAGAAUUUCACUAUUGGAAAUUCUCAUAUAACCGUUUGGGUUGGUAAUCAAUCGUGUCAAUUAUUAUCCAUAUCCGACAACAAAAUCGAAUGUGAAACUCGAGCAUUUCCACGUUCGAUGUUGAAUGUUAAUCAUCCAAUCAAGCUUAUUUUCGAUCAUCAAACUGAAUUGUUCUACGAGCCAAUGUUCCGUAUUGUUCCAAACCCGAUUGUUUAUUCAUUCGAUAAACAUUUUCGAUACGAAAGCUUUCAAAGCGGUGGCCAUCGAAUAAUAAUUCAAGGGGAAAAUUUCCACUCGGUACAAAACAUUCAAUUAGAAUUUCAACACCAAUUAUUCGUUUCACCUUCAUCUCAUAACCAAACUCACUUAAUAUUCUCAACACCAUCAAUGCAAGAACUUCAUUUACAUAAUCGACACAUGAUUGACAUCACACUUUAUCUCGAUAAUUUCAACCGAACAGCAUCAUUGAUCUAUUUCAACGAUCCGCAAAUCUUUGAACUUCAACCAUUACUGCAAAUAUUUACAAAUCGAUUAACUAUUUACGGGAAAAACCUCACGGCGAUUGGACAUACAAAAGCUGAGAUUACAGUUAAUAUCGGGUGCGAUUUGUGUUCGAUAAUUGAACUUCAAGAUGAGAAACUUGUUUGCCAGCCACCUCCAUCUCGUCCAGAUAAAUAUUCGAAAUCAAAGCAUCGAUGUUACAGUUCGGAACAUCCGCCAAUUAUUGUUUCAAUUGAUAAUAUACAAACUCAAGUCGGGUUUAUGAUUUAUCCAAAAAAACUAAUCGUUCUUGGAGUUAUCAGUGGGUGUCUGAUUACAGUCUCACUCAUUGUUUCGAUUGUUCUGCUAAUUGUUUGUUUGAAAAUUCGUUAUGCACAUCGAAAGUAUCUUCAACGAUAUUUUUAUCCGGAUAGUUUAACAUGUCAUGAAAUUGAAAAGGAAAAGCUGUAUCAACCUGUGAAUCUCCCUUCACAAAAUAUCCUUCCGAUUCGUUCGUAUUUGAAUUAUCUUCAGUAUUGCUAUUACUCAAGCAAUUUCUCCUCGAAUCAAAUGAAAAUUCAUGUUAAACCAGAAAUUCUCGAUCAAUUUCAAUGUCUUCUUGAACACAAUGAUAUAUUCGUGAAUUCUCUCGUUUAUCUCGCUAUCCAAUCCAAUCACUCGAAGAUUCUCAACGAUUUAAUCUUAACUCAGCGGUACAGCCUCAAAAAAUUAUUUCCGUUUCAAAACGAUUUCAUAUUUUUCAACAUUUGCAUCUUAACAUCUUACGAAGCGCUUCGAAUUCAUCCAAUUCAAACACUAUUCUGCCAGUUAUACUACCAACUGAGAAAUAAACUCCACAGCGGCCCUGUCGACGCAAUCGAACAAAAUAUGUCCUACUAUUCAUUGAAUAUGAGGACCAUCUUACACGAUUCAUCGAUGUCAUUCAAAACAAUUCAAUUGAUUGUGCAUAUCGACUUGAAUACAACGAAUUCCCAGGACUUAUCGAUCAAUUUGACUUGUUUAACAUGCGAUACGAUUUCGCAAGUCAAACAGAAGAUUCUGUAUCAAAUGAAUUCCUGGCGAGAUUUUUCUCUUCAUGAUUGUAAACUUUAUCUCGUAACCAAUCCGUCAUGUUCAAGUUCAUCAUCAUCUUCCUCGACAGCAUCAUCCAGUGUACCACUAGUGAGAAAAUCGAUGUUAACCCAAGUACUUUUCAGUCGAACAAUCAAGUAUUCAACAACAACGAUCAAUGAUCCAUAUCGCGAAUCGAAUAGUUUAUUAUUGAAUGAUAUUGACAGUACGAAUGAACGCGUGCAAAGUUGGAUUAAGUUGAACACAUUACAACAUUAUGGAAUUCUUACCGAUGGGUAUGAACUUAAAAUGGUUCUUGUCAAUAAAAACAUGCAUUCACCGAAAUGUAAUCGAAAUUUGCAAAAUACUCUUCGAUCAUCUUGUCACUAUUGCUCAACUCCUGCAUCUAAUGGCUCAAUGAUCUUUCAGCACUUGACUACACCACCUUUUGAUACUACCAAUCGAUAUCUCUCCAACGAAAAUGACCAUAAUGGAUACAUACAUCUAUUAAACCACACCUAUGAAGAAAUUGGUGGUGACUUCAACCACUUAUUAAUGAACAAUAAUCCUAACGAAACUUAUCGUUUGUUCGAAACCAAAUCGAUCAUCCAUUCAGUUUUAAUCAAUCUUAUCGAAACUUUAUUCACAAAUCUAUUACAUAGUGACACUUAUCUAAGUGAAUUAAUGGAACAAAAUUCACAAUAUUUUCACAUAUUCUAUGCGCAUUUCCUUCCAUUUCUCUUCGAAAAUUUCCAUUGUUUAUAUGACAUACCUAUGGAUAAAUGUUUGAAGAGUUCAUUGGACAUUCUGGCCAUGAUUUUCCAACGUGCUUGUUGUCUGCAACAAGAUUCUCAAUGUUUGUUAUGCAAUGAUUUAUAUGCGGAUCAAACCUCGAGUUUUAAUCAACAAAAUACAACAUUUCUAUUCGCUGAUGAAAUUCAGCGCAUUCGAUUGUGUUAUACAAAUUUAGAACGAACUUUACACAAAGGAAACUCAUCAUCGGAAUAUUCGUCGACAACUACGGGAAUUGAUGAGAAGUUCCAAUUGGAUAGUGCGAUAUUUCAUCAACUUUUCGAUUAUACAUAUUCACAUGCGGACGAGAUUGUCAAAUAUUUGAAAACUCAAUCGACUGAUAAUCAAAUCGUGCCGUUAUUCGUCAAUCUGAUGCAGAUGUAUCGCUCAAAUUUUCUUUCAUUUAUGUCUAAGGAGAACUAUGGAAUCAGUAGUUGGUUUCGAAAUUGCUGGGAUAUUGUCUUUUGUUUCCGACCAUUUGAUGUCAAUUCGAAGAAUACACGAUUUGUUUCUCAAGCUGGGAAAGAAGUUGUCACACGUGACUCCAGCUUCGAUGGUUUCCUUCACGAUCCGAUCGAAGAAAACAUCACAUCGAUUCUUCACACAAAAGAAGGAACCAUUUCCUCCGAAGAUUAUGCCGAACUGAUGCGCAUUACCAAACCAUUUCAUAUCACAGCUGAAAUACUGGCGCAGAUCAUGACGAUAAUGGAGCAACAUUGUCAGAUGGGUUUAGAUCCAAGUCGAAAACAUCAGAGUGAUUUGAAAAUGUUAUCGACUUAUGUAACAAAUCUGCCGACGAAGAAAGAACAUGGUGAAAUUCUAGCUCUCGAUCUUGGCGGAACAAAUUUCCGGACAUUGCUGGUCCGACUUGAUCCAAAUCGUGAGCCGCAAGUCAUAUCCGAAGCACGUAUUGUUCCUGAUUCAAAGAAGAUUCUUGCUCAGGAUUUAUUCGAAUUCAUUGUCGACGUUUUGAAAGAGUUUAUGAAACAAAAUCAAUUGAAUUUAUCGCAAGAAUACGUUCUAGGAUUUACAUUUAGUUUCGCUUGCGAACAAAUCGCUUUGAACAAAGGCAAAUUUCUAACACCAUCGAAAGGCUGGAUUUUGUCGGACUUAGUUGGACAGGAUGUUGUGGAAAAACUACAAAGAGUUAUCUAUGAGAAACAAUUGAAAGUCAAAGUCACAGCAUUGAUCAAUGAUACAGUCGGAACGUUGAUGGCGUGCGCUUAUCGGGAGAAUACUUGUCGAAUUGGAGUUAUCCUUGGUACAGGAACGAAUGCGUGUUAUUUUGAAGAUAUCGAUAAAAUUCAAACGAUUUCUGAUCGAUCUGCUUUGCCAGAACAAGCAAGGGAGAUGAUUAUCAAUACUGAAUGGGGCGCUCUUGGUGAAAAUGGUUGUCUCGAUAAGUUAUUAACUGAUUUCGAUCGUGAAAUCGAUCGUAUAUCGAAUAAUCCUGGCAUUCAUAUCUUCGAGAAGCUCAUCUCAGGAAUGUACAUGGGUCGUUUAGCCGCCGAGGUAUUAGCUACGCUGAUCAAUCGUGGAUUAAUUUUAAAAACUCAACGAGACCAUCAGCAAUCGUAUCGUUACUAUGCACCAUUCCAUGCACUACGAGCCGCGAUGCUGACUGCCGCUGCGAUUGCUGUAUUAAUGAAACGUGUACAUGAGAAUAGAAAAGAAGAUAUGGCAAAGAUCUGUAUUGGCAUCGACGGGAGUCUUUAUCGUUUUCAUCCACGUUUUAAUAUGGUGAUACAGCGUCAUUUGAAAAUUCUGGUGCCCGUUCUACUCAAUUAUGAGCUGCGAAUCAGUGCUGAUGGUUCGGGAAUUGGUGCAGCCAUUUGCGCGAUAACAGCCAAUGAUGCACGGCAAGCAUUACGAAAAGGUGAAAUUGAAAAAUCAUCAUUAUAUCAGCAACACCACGCAAAAUCUUGA